CCUCCGCCGGCCCCGGACGCCCCCCCCGGCGGCGCGGCGGCCUCGCCUGUCAGCGGCCCAGUUUGAGGCCGUCGGAGCGCACGGGGCCGCCCGGUGCUUCAGGCCGUGGGCCACCCGGAGAGCCUGGCGGCCGCGGGGCAACAAGGGUGCGGGCUCCUGGGUCGCGACUCGGGGUUGGGACCCAGCGCCGCGCGGACGACCCCACUGGACCGGCCCCGGCCCCACGCACCCCGGGUCCCCAGUGCCCCCGAAGUUCCCGCGACCCUCGCGCACUUAGUGGGGUCCGCGUAUCCCGAGCCCUCCACGCCCCCCGGGUCCCCCGACGCCCUGGCGCACCUCGGGUCUCCUGCGCACUCCAGCAGCCCGAACCCCCCGACGUCCCCGAGUUCCCCGCGCACCUCGAGCUUCCUGCGUCCCGCGGGCACCGGCACCCUGGACCCCCCCCGUGCCUUCUGCGCGUCCGACGCACCCUGACACUCCUAGGCCCCCGUGCACCCCGGGCCCCUGCGCAUCCGGAGCCCCCUGAUUCACCUGGGCCCCGCGCACCCCGGGCUCCCUGAGCACCCCGAGCCGCCUGCGCACCCCGAGCCUUCGGGCACCCGGCUGCGAAGGGCUGGCCGGCCGCGCCUAGGGCGCGCUGCCACUUGUUGAAUCAACUCUCCGCGUCGGCCUUGGCGAGCCGGUGUCGCUGCAGCCGGCCGUGCGCGCCGCGGUGCCGAGCAGGACGGGCUGGAGCCGCCGCCGCCGCGGGUUCACGUGCUUGUCAUUUCGGAGAGCGAGGAGGACGUUUGACGCGAUCAAACGGCGCGCGGAGCCCAGGCGGGGACCGGGCGGCGUGCGGAGGGGCCCCGGCAGCCUGCGGCGGCCGCUGGGAGUGGACUCCGAAGCCGCCUUCCGUCCCCGCGUUAGCCUGGAGGCAUAAGUCCGAACGACUUCCCGACUUCGCCGGGAACGGAGAAGGGAACGUGGGGUACACGAGGCUCUGAAGACCCCCUGGAAAUGGAUCGUUCAUCUGCCAAAUGGGAGCAUAAUCUCCAGGUUUAGCUCAGACCCAGCAAUGGCCUGGGCCUCCUGAAGCCCAAUGCCCCAGAACCUCAAUGCUCGACUGUGCGGACAGAGGACACGGGACCCCCGACCAUGGUCACGCUUAUCACCGAGAAGCUGCAGAACCAGAGCCUGGACGACCUCGCCCGCAAGACCUAUGAUGCCAGCCCGUAUUCAGCUGAGAAACUGAACAAAAGCGGCAGUUUGUUCCCCUUUGACCUCAACGACAACAAGAGCCCCUGGCAAGUUCUAAGUGGAGGACGGCCGGUCUGCAGCGAGGUGGCCCAGGGCCCUGCCUUCCCCUUCCCUCCUGGCCCCUUCGGCUCGGCUCACACCAUGGGGCUCCAGUGGCGACCAGAGUCACCCAGCCCAUCCGUGGGGCCUGGCAGCAUCAGUGACGUGAGCCUCAGUGAACACUCAGGGCAGCCCCUGGCCCCGCCGACCAAGCGGCACUGCCGGUCCCUGUCAGAACCCGACGAGCUGGCGCGCUGCCGGUCCCCUUGGAGGCCCGGUGGCUCUAAGGUCUGGACUCCUGUCUCCAAAAGGCGGUGCAACAGUGGUGGCAGUGCCACACUGCAGCGCUGCAGCGGCCCCGGGAGCACCAGCCUGCCACGGGCUGUUGCACCACCGAGCCACACCCAGCCUGUAGCCAGCUCACCCCCGCCUGCGGCGCCCAGGCCGGCUUCGGCCAGCAGCAGCUUUGUGGACUAUGGCGCUGCAGGGCCCUGGGAGCUGUCCUCGAGGCGCCGCCUCUCGCUGUCGCAGGAGCACAUUGCAGAUGCGGCCAGUGGCCUGCCCUCCGCCAGCAGCACCCCGACCACCACACCCGAGCUGAGCCGGCGCCAGGGCCUGCUGCGGAGCCGCUCGCAGCCGUGUGUGCUGGACGAGAGGAAGAGCCGGCGCAAGCGGAGGCGCGAGGAGGAUGCCAGGUGGACGCGACCAGCCUUGGACUUUUUAAAAAUGACACGGACGCUAAAGAAUUCCAAGAGCCUCUGUUCCCUCGACUACGAAGAUGACGAGGAAGAUGACGCCCAAGUGAAGACGGUGGUGUCCUCCCCGUGUGACUCACACGACCUCAUGAGCAUGGUCACGCCUGGCUCCAGCCCGGUGAGGGAGUGCCCGGGGCCCUGCCCCGCCGGCCUGCGCCCAUGGACCCCAAGGGAGUGCGUGGCGGCCACGGGUGAGGGUGAGAGUGCCGGGGCCCCCGGUGACGGGGACAGUGCUGAGGAGGAGGGUGUCUUCCCUCUGGACUGCGGGGACCUUGACCUGGAGCAGAUCGAGAACAACUGAUGGCCAGUGUGUCCGUUGGUGGCGCCCCGACGGAAGAGGGGUUCCGCGUCAUUUCGAACAUCAAGGUAUCAUUUUGAUUACAGUUUUCCUAAAGAAGUAUUUUGCAUUUUUUUGGCUUUUACAGUUUCAGAGAAAGCUCCUCUAUUUUGGAAUGAAUUUUCAGAAGAACAUUGUAUUAAACGUGCAUCUUCAAACCGACCCGUGUGGGUGUG